AUUUUCGGAAUUUUCAUAAAGGAGCUUUCGAAAUGGGCCAUGAACAAGAGCUUAGACGUGAAGGCAUCUAAGCCAAUUAUAGCCACCUGUGCGUGUCCAUUAACUAAGCUAUUAAUAUGGAGAAUUCCUUAA